ACCGUCUCCUGGACUGUCAACUUCAAGUUGCACAUUUUCAAGGGCAGUUACAAUUACUACCUAACCAGGCUGUUCACUCGUCGCUGUGUGCUUGCCGAGAGCUAGGACAAACAUGCUUUGCAGGGUUGGACAAUUACGCAGGUGUGCUGCCAGCCUCAGCCAAAGCAUAAAUCAGAUAGCAGCAUCAAGGCAGAAGCACACACUUCCUGACCUGACGUACGACUAUGGAGCUCUGGAGCCUCAUAUUAACGCAGAGAUAAUGCAGCUCCACCACAGCAAGCAUCAUGCCACAUAUGUCAACAACCUUAAUGUUACGGAGGAGAAAUACCAGGAGGCGCUUGCAAAGGGAGACGUGAGUGCACAGGUUGCCCUUCAGCCUGCUUUGAAGUUUAAUGGGGGAGGCCACAUUAACCACACCAUCUUUUGGACAAAUCUCUCGCCAAACGGCGGAGGUGAGCCCCAAGGGGAGCUGAUGGAGGCCAUCAAACGGGACUUUGGCUCCUUCCAGAAGAUGAAGGAGAAGAUGGCAGCUGUUACAGUAGCCGUACAGGGCUCAGGCUGGGGAUGGCUUGGUUACGACAAGGAGAGCGGACGACUUCGCAUCGCUGCUUGUGCUAACCAGGAUCCUCUGCAGGGAACAACAGGUCUCGUCCCUCUCCUUGGCAUCGACGUAUGGGAGCACGCCUACUAUCUCCAGUACAAGAACGUGCGCCCUGACUAUGUAAAGGCUAUCUGGAAUGUAAUCAACUGGGAGAACGUGCACGAACGCCUACAGAUUGCAAAAAAGUAGAGGGGAAUCCUCAAUUGUUCCUCCAUAGCACCUUUUUAUCAAAACCUGGAUCAAAUGGUAGAAGCAAAUGAUGGUUUUUGAUUAAACAGCACUCAGUUCAAACCGUUAAGAUAGUCUGUAGCAUUAUUAAAAAAAAUGUGUUUUGCCAUAUUUCCCUUUUUUUUAAUUAAGGAAAGAAAUGUGAAACUCAAAGUUAACAUCCAAGACUUCUACAUAUGCAAACCAGACUGUCGUCAAAGCGCACAAAAAGGGCCACCUUUUGACAUGGAAGUGGCCUUUUGUUGUUCACACCCAUACAACUGUUGGGAAACGCAUACUCAAAGGUGACACUAGGAUCAGACUAUGUAACUGCUCCCUGUUGUUGAUGUAAUAUAAUAAAAUACUAUUUCAAUUGUA